UUGUCCAACAAUUUGAGUUCUUCUUCUCAAAACACAACAGAUACAGUUGUCCAAACAGCACCAGAACAAGUUUCACAUAGUUCUACAAUUCAAGACAAUUUGUCCAACAAUUUGAGUUCUUCUUCUCAAAACACAACAGAUACAGUUGUCCAAACAGCACCAGAACAAGUUUCACAUAGUUCUACAAUUCAAGACAAAUUGUCCAACAAUUUGAGUUCUUCUUCUUCUCAAAACACAACAGAAACAUCUGAAACAGAUUUACAACCAGCACCAGAACAAGUUUCACAUAGUUCUACAAGUAUGUUAACAAGAGCACAAUUUCAAGAUUUAAUUUCUCUUGAACAAUAUUCGAGUAACGAAACACAAAGCGACGACUGUAACCUCUCGCUACCCGAAUCCAUUCAAAGAAAAUACGCCAUGAAAAGACUGAAAUUGUUGUAUAAACUUCUUAACAAUUGGGGGGUCGAAGACAACACAGAUUAUAGUGAAAUGUUUAACAAAGUCAUAGAAUCUCUUAAACCAAUUGAAAACGACAUAAAAAAUCCCGGUGUUCUUGUAGACCUUUUCGCCUCAAAAUUACCAGUUACAACUAAUCUAAUAGCAACACAAGCUAUAGAGCAAUUUAUUUUAUGUUUUCCCAAGCAAUAUAGACAACACCUGAGGGAAACAAGAAUAGGAAAAUUUCAAUUGGUGUAUCCUACAACAUACAACUAUUACGAAGAAGCAAAUGAAUAUGGAGAACUCUCGUUCCAUUUCACACUUUCAGUUCCUGAGGGAGAAGAAAAAGCAAUCUAUCAUGUACAAUCUCUUGCAGGAUGUGAAGGAAAACCUCACAUAAUAACUACUGUUGCAAUUGACAAACCUGCAAGAGUCGAAGACGAUGUUUUGUUCGCGUCCAUUGCUGGUUUUGGCAUGGGAGAACCAAUUCCAAUUUCCCAUUUCACAGAAUACUCAGCACAACAUUUUCAAAAUGUAGAAUUCGUGUUCUACGACCAUCAAAAGUUCCUGCUAACAAAGCCAAAGAAACAAUUUGUCUCAAUAUUUGUUGCUGGUCAUGUGGCUGACAAAGAGCCAUCAGAUACUGACUAUGAAGAAGAGGAGGAGGAAGAAGAAAACGAUAGCGAUGUCGUUCUUAUCGAAUAA